ACUUGGCUAUUUUUGUUCAUUGUCGUCCCUCCCCUAACACCGUCCAUGUUGCCGUCACUGCUGACCGUUAAGUCCCAAACAGUCAGCAGUUAAACCCAUCUCUUUUUUUUUUUUCCACGUAUGUUGCCCACCUGUCGACCCAUUUUCUUCUUUUAAAAUUGGCAACCGUGUUCUUUGUUAUCUCUCCUCUCUCCCUCGAUAUUUUUCCCCAAUUUUCCCCCAUUUGCAGAAACCCUAACGCCACCAAGCCCCAAAUUCUCUGUCAACAUUCCCCCCUGUUUCCUCCAUUUGCUUGCACCAGGAACCCUAGUUACUCGAAAUUAUUCUUUCUUUUCAAUCAUUUGAGCUUUCGAUAUAGUCAAAAUAGGGCCUUUCUCCCUCCUUGGUUCUUCUUCUUUUUCCUUUCCCUUAAACCCCUCUGGUUCAAUUAAUCUUCUCUAAUUCCUGUUUCGAAUUUCUGGUCCUAUCAUCUUCCUUGCUUUUAUUCACCCAAUCACCGAACCCAGCAUGUAUUCAAGCAAUUCCCAUCAACCAUCCUCUCAAUUUGGUUCUCCAUCUUCAUCUCCUCAUUAUGGCGAGUUUGUGGGUCUCUACAAAUGUGGUCUUCGACCAGUUAAAAGAAAUGCUAUGACUCGAUUCAACUAUGGACGCAGGUUUUGGGGAUGUCCAAAAUUUUCGAAGGAUGGUGAGGAAGCCGGCCAUACCUGUGGACUGUUGUGUAAUGAUCCAUGUGAAUUGAAAUCUGGUUGCAAUUUUUUCAUUUGGUUUGAUGAUGACUUUGAUUCUCGACCUAAGUUUUGGAUAACAUAUUGCUGGGAUAAAGAGCAAGCACUGUUGAAUGAGAUUUCACAGUUGAAAAAGGAGAACCUAGACCUGCAUAGAGAGAUUGAUGGUUUGAAGAAUUUGAACUGUGAAAUGGAAAACAAAGGUAAUUGGUCAUAGUCUGCUUUUGUAAUAGGUGAUGAGCGAGUAUAAUAUGAUGUGGUGCGGACUGCUUUUGUAAUUAUAGGACUACUUGUAAAUAUGACUCCUGUUGUAAUUGAUUAGCUUAUGAAUGAAAUAUGACUUUUCUG